AUCACACCAAAAUUCAAUUCGCAUUGUUUGGAAACAAGUCUGAAUUAGGUUCGGCGGUGGAUUAAUAAUAUUCCGCUACUUGUAUAUCACUUGCUUUCAAAAUCUCUCUUUUUUCAUCCUACCUAUUAAUGUUUUAGCUUUAUCAGCCAAUCAAUUAAUUAUUAAUUAGAAAAGAAAAAAGAAGGCUCUAUGCCAGCUAAAUUACUGUUUUCUAUAUUAAGAAGAACAGGCAUCAUAAACUCCAAGUACAAAAUCAACAAGUUGGUAUGUUACUCCUCGUUUUCUCACAUCAAUCCGCAGUCUUAUCACUCCACCCUCAUCAAGAAUGGCUCCACUCACCUCCUUCAUCUUGUUAACUAUCUCUUGUCCCUCUACUUGAAAUUUCCUGAUUCGGACUAUGCCAGCAAGUUGUUCGAUGAAAUUCCUGAAAGAGAUGUUCGAACUUGGACUGUACUCAUCUCGGGCUUCUCAAGAUACGGGCACCAUAGGACUGCCUUGGAUUACUUCACUGAGAUGCAGAAUGAGGGAAUCGUUGCUCCCAAUGCUUUCACUUUGUCCACUGCGCUCAAAUGUUGUGCUUCUGUCAAUAACGGGCUUCUAAUGGGGAAGGCAAUCCAUGGCUGGAUAACGAGAAAUGGGAUCGAUGUGGACGUUGCACUGCAUAAUUCUGUUCUCGAUCAUUAUUCUAAAUUUAGAAUGUUCGAUUACGUGAGAAGAUUCUUUGGAUUGAUGGAUAUUAAAGAUUCCACUUCUUGGAAUAUAGUGAUGGCUGCAAGCUUACGAAAGGGUGACAUGGAGAACUGUCUCGAUUUCUUCUGGAGAUUGCCAAUCAAGACUGUCUCGAGUUGGAAUACUAUCAUCGGCGGACUUUUGCAACAGGGGCUCGAGAUAAACGCAUUGGAGCUUCUUCACGAUAUGGUGAAAGUUGGAACCACGUUUAAUAGAGUUACAUUUUCUAUAUCGUUGGUUUUGGCUUCUUCGUUAAAGAGUUUGGUACUAGGGAGGCAGAUUCAUUGCCAGCUGCUUAGGAGUGGAGUAAAUGAAGAUCCAUUUGCAUGCACUUCACUUCUUGAUAUGUACUGUAAAUGCGGGAAAAUGGACAAGGCUUCCGUGAUUUUCCGAGAAUUGAAACUGAUUUCAUGUUCUAAGGGAUCUCAGGAUGAUUUAAACGCUCGGACUGUAUUGUGGAGUACAAUGAUUGCUGGGUAUGUUCAACAUGGUAUGGUAAAAGAUGCCUUGGUAUAUUUCAACUCAAUGAUUCAUGAGCAAGUUGAGGUAGAUCUGUUCACUCUCACUAGUGUCGUUUCUGCCUCUGCUAAUACAGCUCUUUUGGAGCUCGGCCAGCAAAUUCAUGCUCGCACGCUGAAAUUAGGACACGGGCAAGAAGUUAUCCUGUGUUCAUCCAUGAUUGACAUGUAUGCCAAAUGUGGAAAGUUGGAUGAUGCUCUGUCAUUUUUCAGACAAACCCGAACCAGGAAUGUCGUAAUUUGGAGUGUAAUGAUAUCAAGUUACGGAAUGCACGGGUUGGGAAAUGAAGCAGUUCAGCUAUUUGAGUCGAUGAAAAAAGAGGGUAUUAGACCGAACGAAGUGAGCUUUGUUGGGAUUCUCACUGCGUGUAGCCAUGCUGGUUUGAUAGAAGAGGGCUGUAAGUAUUUUAAGGCGAUGAUAGAUGUCUAUGGCAUCCAACCUGGUAUCGAACAUUUUGCUUGCAUGGUGGAUCUUUUUGGGCGAGCGGGUCACUUAAAGGAGAUCAAAGAUUUUGUAUAUGAGAACGGGAUCCAUCAUUUGAGAGAAGUUUGGAAAUCAUAUGUAUCUUCUUGCUGGCUUCACAAGAAUGUUGAGAUGAUGAAUUGGGUGUCGAAGAAACUGCUCGAACUGGACCCCGAUGAAUCCGAUUCCUAUCUUGUGAUAUCGAAUACUUAUUCAGCAAACCAUGCAUGGGAGGAUGCAGCUAAAGUUAGAGGUUUGAUGCUUGAAAGGGAAGUUAGAAAAACUCCUGGUCAAUCUUGGAUUUAGUGCUAGAAAAGAAAUUUAUUUGUUGCAUUCUUGAAAAUAAUGAUAAAUGGUGGGUCAUAUUUUCAAUGCAGAAUAAUUGAGAAAAAGUGAAGCAUAUAUGUCUGUCUCCGGCUACAAUAGUGGUAAGAAAGUGUUGCUUGUAAUGCACUCGUUUCUGGUGGCGUCUAACUAAGAAGGUCCUUUCGUUUUCGAGAAAAAACGAACCAAAUGGGAAAAUGAAAAAUCAUUAGGCUGAAGAAUAAUCCUCAUUUCUCACAAGGUACAAUCUAAUGAAAUAAUAUUUGGUGAAAAAGAGAGAAAAAACAAAGAUUUGUUGGCUUCUCUUUUAAGUGAGGUAAGUGAAACAAGAAUCCACCAAACAAACUGGAACUAACACAGAGAGAAAGGAAAAUGCAUAUUGUGCAUCAAAAUCUAACAAUCACAACUGAUAUAUAGAUAACAUCUGCAACUGAACUAAGAAUCUAUCAAGUCUUGCUAAUUGCUGCAAUCAAACUUGAGUGGAUAUUGACUCCCAAAUUCUUAGUAUAAUUAUAACUUGAGAAUAAAGCCACCCUGCUUGCUGUAUAUAUAUAAAUAAUAUAUUAGAUAUGUAUUCCAACAGUCCCAGCCAGGUGAUUACUUGUUUCAACAUGAGAGAUCGACUCGAACGAUUUGUACUCCUUCCCUUCAAUGCCGGUUGCAUCUCCGAAUCCAGCAUUCCUGUCGUGAUUCAACAUACUAAAAGACCAAAGUUCUAUACAGACUCAACUCCCACAAGAAAACGUGACGAGGAGAAGGAUGAAGAAGAGGACUAUUUGGAUAUUGGAAGUUUAUCAGGUGAAUAUUUGAAGACUGCCCUUCCAAGACUGCAAAAGCUAUUCAAGAACUUGUCUCGGUUAUUCGUGUACAAGGAUGAGAUGGAGGCGGAAAUUGGGAUGGAAAUUGGGGUUCCAACAGAUGUAAAGCAUGUUACUCACAUAGGGUUGGAUGGUUGUGCAACUUCAUUCUUCUCGGAGCGGAGCUGGGAAAACAUCUCCGCACCAGAGUUGAUCGAUAUGAAACAACUUGAGCUUGCCAUGUCAGCACAAGAUGAAACACCCAAUGUGAAAUGUAGUUUCCAUGAUGCAACAAAAAAUAGUGGAAAGCUAGAUAACCAGUGAAAUAUUGUUUUGUCAUGGAUUUUGUAAUUGAAAUUGAAAUAAAUAACCAAAAUCUGAAUUGGCUCUGAA